UCACUCAGUCAGGGCGGAGAAAACUUUUUCCUCUCUCUUUUUUCCUCCCUCAUCAAGGAGGAGCCUGCAGACACAUGUCAUGCACCACGGUGGAGGCUGACACUCACAAACUACAGUCAGUGACAGACAGUCCCACGGCGAUGCUUCUCCGACACCACGCCAGAGUCUGAUCACCGGAUCACACAGGAACUGUUUUGGCCGAACCAGCUGAUCCCGCAGCAGCAGCAGCAGCGGAGGAACCACAGCAGUGCGCCCGCGUCUCUGAGCUCCAGGAAGAAGACGCAACAAUGUCAGAGAGGAGAGGUCAGAAGAAGUCCAUUUCUCUGUCCUCGUUAUUACUGUGCUGCAUGUUUGCGAGUGCGGAGUAUUCCAGUUGUGGAGAGUAUGAGUUCUUCAACCAGACCAGUAACAGCUGCCAGGCCUGUCCUCAGUGUCAGCCGGGGCAAGAGCCACAUAUGACCUGUGGCUACGGUGUGAAGGACGAGGACUUUGCGUGUGUGCCGUGUCCACAGGGGAAAUACUCCAAAGGGAAGUAUGAAAUCUGCAGGCGCCAUAAGGACUGCGACGCCCUCUACAAAGCCACGGUGCGUGUGGCGGGAACUUCGGACAGCGACGCCGAGUGUGGGCCGUGUUUGCCAGGGUAUUACAUGCUGGAGAACAGACCCAGAAACCUCUAUGGGAUGGUGUGCCACUCCUGCCAGAAUGCACCACGCAACACCAAAGAAUGCACGCAAGGAAGUAAAACAAAAGAAAAACCAGUGAUUGACCCAGGCAGCACAACAGUGUUUCCUCAUCCAGAUAAAGGUUCCAACGGACAGGGUCACCUCGCGACGGCUCUCAUCAUCGCCAUGUCGACCAUAUUCAUCAUGGCCAUCGCCAUCGUCCUCAUCAUCAUGUUCUACAUCCUGAAGGCCAAACCAAGUGGCCAGGCGUGCUGUGCCGGACAAGUUGUGAAGGCAGUGGAAGCUCAGACCAACAAACAGGACGACAAGAAAGAUGUCCCAGACAACGUGGUGAUCUACGCAGACAAGGAUGACUUUGACAAACUGAAAGCUGCUCCUCAGAAGGCCGUCAAAAGUGAAAACGACGCAUCAUCAGAGAACGAGCAGCUGCUGAGCCGCAGCAUCGACAGCGACGAGGAGGCUGCGUCUGAGAAACAGGGAUCGGCUGACACUAACAAGCCCAACCCCAACCUGUGCCUCCUCAACCUGGGCAACAAGCCUGACCUCUGUCUGCUCUCACUGGGGCUUCUGGAGAGCGACCACGCCACCAUCGCAAACGGCCAUGCCAACAACAUCCCGAGUCCCAACCAUGUCGGAAAUGUCAACCACAUCACUAGCUCUAAUCACAUCAACAAUGCGAAUGCAAUCAAUAACAACAAUAAGACCCCUGGGAUGCUCCAGAGUCGAAGGAAAAAGAUCUUGGAUCUGUAUACCAAAGCCUGCAAUGUGACAGAGGGCCUGAGCCCCACGGAGCUUCCCUUCGACUGUCUGGAGAAGACCAGCCGCAUGCUGAGCUCCUCCUACAGCAGUGAGGCGGCUGUGGUGAAGACAUGGAGGCACCUGGCCGAGAGUUUUGGCUUGAAGCGCGAUGAGAUCGGCGGCAUGAGUGACGGUCUGCAGCUCUUCGAGAGGGUGAGCACGGCGGGCUACAGCAUCCCCGACCUCCUGACCCGCCUCGUGCAGAUCGAGAGGCUGGACGCUGUGGAGUCACUCUGCUCGGACGUGUUAGGCAGCAACGAGGUGACGGCAGUGGCUGGACGACAAGGCAUCAACAGUUUUCACAGCCAGCUUGUCUGUCCAUCCCCAUACCCAUCUCCCUCCCAACGCUGUGCCAGUGUCUAGAUAUGUGGUGGAGCAGAGACUUGGACACCUUACAGUAUACAUGUAUGUAGGGACAGACACUGCUCUGACUGGGAUGACUGCACAUAUACAGAAUACAUAUUACACCCAUCACAUGAAGAAGUCAGUGGACCUUCCCAGGCUCUAUUGUGUUUGCCCAUCAUGGAGUUUUGCUGUCAAGGAUCUAGCAUUGUGAAACUGUUUGCCUUAAAAAGGAAUUCUGGAAUACUCAACCUAUGUUUAUUAAUGUAGUACUGACAGAAACUUUUAGAAUAGGUCCAGUAGAUCACCUCAGCUGCUUUGUAAUGCUAUAAGGCAACUGUGAUCUCCAUUUUGUCUUGUAAAAGUGCCUAAUUUUUGACAAUAACUGGACUACAGUCUCACUCUAAAUUCUCAUGGGACUUGAGAGAUGAGUAAUAUUGUACAUUGUAGCUAUGAGACCAAAUCUAAAAGAGUUUGUAAGUAAUAUUCACUUACACACCCACAUUUAUGAACCCAGGUGGAAAGAAAAAUCCUGGAAUUCCCCUUUAAUUUCUGUCUCUCUGAGCUCUACACACAUUCAGAAGGACAAAGAUUACUUUCUCCUAUGCAAGAACAAACCAGACUUUCGUCUCUCUCAAGCUAGCUGGUUUGAUUUUGUGGUAGAUGCAGCACAACGCAGAAAUGAUAUUCAAUAAAAAAAAAGAAAAGAAAGAAAAGAAGAUACAGUGAUGUGCAGCAGUGAUAACAGAAUCAUAGCUGUCCUUACUCUGAACCUUCUGCUGACAGCUUGUGUCCGUAUCGAGGAAGCGACCGGCUUUGACCGCAUCUGCUACAGUAACGUUCUCGAGCAUGCCUUUGGUUGUGCUGUCAUCAUGUAGGAAAGACAGUAGAUACAAGCUCCCUACUUAAAAUGCAAUUAUUACGUCCAGCUGGAAAUGCUAAAACAUCUCUCGGCUCAGCUUUCAUCUGGUACACAUUCCAACUGAACACUGAGCAUUUAGGGACACCUAAAUUGUAUUCACCAGCAAGGCCAAAACUUAAGUCAAGGAGUAGGAUUUUGCAUUUUGUUUUGAAUUAUUUAAAGGUAUCAUGUUGGUGCUUCUAUCUAAAUGCUUAAAACUGCACUUUUGAGUGUCAACCCCAUGUGAUUAAUGAGCACAACACUCAAAGACAAUAUGUAAAUCUACUUUCCACUGUUUUGCCUCGCUAUAACCACUUCUUCAGCAGUGAUCCAAUACAUGACCCCCACCACCCCCUAAUAAUUCUUCCCCUUCUCCCUCCUUUCCCCUUUCACCCCAGUGCUGUGGUCUAGUGCUGCCGCCAGUCCUAAUUAUUUGGCAUGUGGCUUACUGGGCCCCUAAUAGGCUGAAGUGUUGUGGUUUACAGAGCGGGUGCAAAGUGCCUGUGAUUUCCAUCACCCAAUUAAGCAUUUAGAGCCACUUAACCACUGAAAGCCAAGUGGAAAAGCUGUUAAAAACCCUAGUAUUAAAUAUGGAGAAGCCACAGCGCAGGCAUGACUAACUGCCCCUGGGGUUUCUGUUCUCUGAAUAGUGCAAGAAUUAACCCAAUCGUGGUGGAAGGAUUAAAGCGCUCCUCUAGCCUAUGGGACCAAUAUAGCAAAUGAGAACAAUAUGACGCUGUGUGUGUUGUCCACCUCUGAAAAGUAGCUGCAGCCAAGAAUUUAAUGCUGCAUGUUGUACGAGGGUGGCUCCGAUCAGCAUCAGGUUAAAGUUAGUACAAAAGCCAUCAUGCGGCUGAUAUUCAUUGAUACUCCAUUCCGAACAGAUAGUAACAGAUUAAGAUGCUGCGGGUUAACAUCUUGAUUUUUUUGUAAUGGUUUAGUUUCAAAACUCAGCAUUAAGCUUUCAAUUUCUACUAAUAACAAGUUUUCCAUGACUUACUUUGAUCUCAUUUCUCAGGAUUUUACGUCCUGUGAUUGAGCUACAUAGAAUCAAACACAUCACAUGCUGCCAUGUUCUUUUUCUACUGCUUUUUUCCCCUUUCCUACACUGGGGCUGGACCCCAGUACCUUAAAUUAACAUGCAUGUUUACCAAGCAUGUAUUUAUAAUUUGCUUUUCAUAACAUUUCUUUGUCAAAUAUCAAGUUCACAUCAAGUAGAACUGCUUUCUCCGGGCAGUGUUGACUUGAUCAGAUCCAUUUCAAUUCCAAACAAGUUGAAAUAGUUACGUGAUGUUUUUUUAUGCCGUUGAACUUUUGUCAAUAAUGUAUUUGCUGGACUGAACUGAAAUGAAAUGGAUCCAAGCUCUGUGGGAUGAUUUACGGAAACUAAACAUGAAUUACUUACCUCAGUAGUAUAUACAUUAUAGUAGGAAAUGUAAACACACACACACACACAACUUCAUCACAGAACCAAAGUAUAACUGUAUAUAUAACUUAUUAUUGUACAUAAUGUAUACAUUAAUAAAGAUGUCGGAAAAUGGC